AUGCAGGAAAUCGCAUCGGACGGCCUGCUUAUCCCUCGGCAUCCCACCGCAUCUCACCUCACCUCGCACACAGUCGCAGUCGCACAGAGGCAGUCAGUUGCUUGGCCCAUGUGGCCACCGCUCUGCCAGACCCCAGCCUACCAACGCUUCUUAACAGCCACAUUCGUCCGCCGCUGCAGCCGUGGGUCGAAGCUUCUAGGGGCUACUGCAGCCACUGCAUACUCUCUGCAUGCACCCGGCCGUGAUCCCUUCUUUUUUGCGCCCCCAGUAUCUGUAUGUACGAAGUACAGACGACAGCCUACGAAUACAGAGUACUGGCCACCAAGAUCAAGACCUGCACCUCGACCGAGACCAUUCAGAAGACCAGUAGAGAGCAUACAUUGCAAGCUAGAUGCACAUCCACAGCCAGACCGAGCCAAGCUUGAAUCCUCUGUACCUUGCCGCUCGAUGAAUGUGCAGUGA